CCUCGCCGCCGCUGCGCCCUUGGUGCCCCUUAGCUUCGCGCUGGGAACUUGGGGUUUUGCUUGAAAUUCUGGAUUAUGUUCCUGCGGAGCCGGUCUACGGGGAGCUGAGCAGGGGAGGAAGAAUGCGGGUCUAUCUAACGGUCUUCUGCCUUAUUUGCUGCACCGCGAACGGGCAAGUAGUGUAUUCCAUCACCGAGGAAACGGAGCGUGGAGCGUCUGUUGGAAACAUAGCGAAGGAUUUAGGAAUAGAUGCAGCUACACUUUCAGCUCGGAAAUUUCGCAUGAUCACCGGUUCAAGUAAGCAAUAUUUUAAUAUAAAUGCAAGCACGGGGGCUUUGUCUGUUAACGAGCCCAUAGACAGAGAGCAGCUUUGUGAAUUAAAGUCUGCCUGUCUUCUGAAUUAUGAACUCGUGUUAGAAAACCCUCUAGAGCUUUAUAGGAUGGAAUUUAAAGUCUUGGACAUAAAUGACAACUCCCCCAGCUUUCCCUUAAGUGAAUAUCAUAUAAACGUGCCUGAGUUCCUGUCACCCGGGGCACGGUUUACACUCCCCAUCGCCCAAGAUCUUGAUGAAGGUACCAACAGUGUCCAGAAUUAUACUCUGAGCCCUGAUGAACAUUUCCAUUUGGAAAUGCAGACACGCGGAGAUGGGAGUAAAUAUCCUGAAUUGGUGCUGAAAAAUGCCUUAGAUAGGGAGGAGCAAGCUGCUCACAGACUUGUCCUUACAGCCAAAGAUGGUGGGGAUCCUCCAAAGUCCGGUCAUGUCCCAGUCAUUGUGGCUGUGCUGGAUACCAAUGACAAUGCACCAGAAUUUGAGCACUCGGUCUACAGGGCGAGUAUCUUGGAAAACUCCCCCAGUGGUACUUUGGUAGUGCAAGUGCAUGCCACGGACUUGGAUGAAGGUCCAAAUGGAGAGAUCAGGUAUUCAUUUAGCAAUACUACUUCUGCUGAUCUACAGCGAAUGUUUUUAAUUCACCCACACACUGGGGAGGUGACAGUCAAUGGCGUUUUAGCUGUUCAGAGACCUCUCCUUGAGAUGCUUAUUGAGGCAAGUGAUAAUGGGGCAUUUGGCAUGUCCAGCACAGCUAAGUUGCUGGUGGAAAUCACUGAUGUGAACAAUCAUGGCCCAGAGAUAACAAUUACAUCCCUUUCCAGUCCCAUUCCUGAGGAUGCUGUUCCUGGCACAGUCAUAGCUCUGCUGAGUAUUAUGGAUAAGGACCCUGGGGAGAAUGGGAAAGUAACCUGCCAGAUACCUGAUAACCUUCCCUUCCAGUUAAAGCCUUCUCUUGAAAACUACUACAGCCUGCUCACCAGUGGGCUUCUGGACCGAGAGCUGAUCAGUGGGUACAACAUCACCAUUACUGCCACAGACUUGGGCUCUCCACCCAUCACUGCUCAGAAGACCCUUUGGGUGCAGAUUUCUGAUGUGAACGAUAACCCCCCUGUCUUCAGUGCUGACUCGUUUGAUGUGUUUGUGGAGGAGAACAAUCCACUUGGCACUUUACUCUACCAAGUCUCAGCAUCUGACCCUGAUAUGGGGGAGAACGGACGGGUCUCUUACAUGCUCAGGAAUUCCACAGUUGCAGGCAGUGCCCUGACCAGCUUUUUGUCUGUGAGCUUGGCCAACGGGAGCAUCUAUGCAACACGUGCCUUUGACUUUGAGCAGCUUAGGAGUUUCUAUUUCCAAGUGGAAGCCAAGGACAAUGGGUCACCAACGUUGAGUGCUGCCGUAACUAUGAAUGUUUACAUCUUGGACCAGAAUGACAAUGCCCCAACCAUCCUGUACCCCACGAGCCAGAAUGGCUCUGUAGCUGUGGAAAUUGUGCCCCGCCUGGCCGAUGAGGACUACCUGGUGACCAAAGUGGUGGCAGAUGAUGAAGACAGUGCACAGAAUGCCUGGCUCUCCUAUCACCUUGUCCACUCCUCUGACUCCACCCUGUUCCGCUUGGCACCGCACUCUGGUGAGCUGCGCACCACGCGCUCCAUGCGCUCUACUGACUUCCUCAAGCACAAGGUGGUUGUGGUGGUGCGGGACCACGGGGAUCCACCACUCUCCUCUACUGUGACAGUGGGCAUCCUGCUGGCUGACACCCUGCCCCAGGCACUGCCGGACUUUGAUGACAGUGGGGAGCCGCCACCACUGCUCAAUGCUACAAACAUCUACUUGAUCGUUUCCCUUGCCUGUGUCUCCUGCAUCUUUGCG